CACGCAGCUUCAGACACUGUCAGAAUCCUGCAGUCGCCAAGCAAAGGUUCCGUUAAAAGCAAGCCUCGCAUCGCUUUCGUUGCAAGCCCUUUCCGAACUUUGACCACGCCUCGGCGCCUCGCACCUGCGAAGCUAAAGCCUGCCUCAAGUAUUUGUUAGAGCGCGGAAGAUCUGCGAAAUCUGUGCGGGCUCAAGCUCGACACCCUCAAAUUCUGGGCGGUGCUUUUGGUUUCGGAGGUGCAAUUCAGGCCCGCCAACACGCUCAAAUGGCAGCCUACGGACUGGGUCACCAUAUGGACCUGCGCGUCAGCCACACCAGGCCGAGCCAGACGCAGCGCAUGCUGCCGCAUGUCGCACAUGAGCGCCAGCCACAAGCAGCCCUGCACACAUCAGGACUGCGCAGCUCAUCGACACGCGGAGCAGCAACACCCCGCGCGCUUGCACCGAGCUCGGCCCGGCCCCGCCUGGCUCCUUGUCGGUCCGCAGUGAUGGACGCGCCGGCGCCGGCCGCCGCGGGCGCCCCCGCCCUGGCGGACAUACCGCUGGCCUCUGUCAUCAACACCUCGGGCAUGAUCCUGCCGGAGACGCCGGAGGGCGCCCGCGGCGCCGUGUACGCCAUCUACGACGAGAAGCAGAAGCUGCAGUACGUGGGCACCACCACCGACCUGAGGAACGCGCUGCGGGCGGCGCUGGGCCGCCGCCCCGAGAAGACCCACUACUACAAGGCCGCGCACCUGCCGACCGCUGACACGCCGGCGCUGCAGGCGGUCCGUGACGCCUGGUUCUCCGAGUGCGGCGGCCAGCCCAACGGCAACCGGCUGGCCAUCGAGCGCACCAUGUGGCAGCAGCCCGUGGACGCCGGCGCCAUCAGCGAGCGCGGCCGCAAGGGCGCGGCGGAGGAGAAGGCGCGGCAGCUGCAGGCCACACUGCGCGACCGCGGCUGCAAGGAGGACUUCACGCCCAACCCCACGCUGCUGCUGGAGGGGCAGGUGGAGUUCCUGGCCGCGCGCAACCUGAGCGACGAGGAGAUGGCGGCGGAGCGGGAGGCGGAGGCGGAGCGCAUGCGCGGCCGCCGCAGCUGCAGCUGCCUGGUGGACGGACAGGAGCGCACGUUCCACACCAACUACCUGCUCAAGCACGUGACUGCGGGCGGGCACCUGAUGGACCUGUCGGUGCUGUUCGACGGCCGCGAGACCAACCACCGCAUCAUCGUGGGCCGCGAGUACUACGAGCCGUUUGGCCUGACGCCCGAGGCGGCGUGCGAGGCGGCCAUCGCGCUGCUGCUCAGGGCCAAGGUCGCCCGCGCGACCGAGGGCAUGCUGAUGAGCAGCCAGUUCCCGGUCAACUACUUUGCGCUGGGCCAGGUGGAGCAGUGGUUCGGCGAGGAGUUCCGCGCAGAGUUCGAGCGGCUCAGCGGCGGCGUGCAGCUGCAGGACGGCACCGGCAACUCGUGGCGCUUCAACCGCAUCCACGACUACGGCGCCAUGCGCAACGAGACGGCCGAGCAGCUGAGUGUGGCGCUGGGCAACGCCGACAGCCGGCAGGUGGCGGCGGAGGUGGCGGCGGCGCUGGCGGAGAACCUGGCGGAGGCGGCGGCGGCGGCGCGCAGCCGGGAGGGGCUGGCGCCGAAGGAGCGGGAGGAGGAGGAGCUGCCGCAGGGCCGCGGCAUCCUGGACCGCUUCUUUUGAGGGCGCUGUGAGGUUGCGUGUAGCGGUGAUGGACGGAUGGUGGACUGGUAGUGGUAUGAUUCGCAGAGUUCGGAGCUUGGUUUGAAGGGCGUACAUAACAGGCUGAUAGUAGGGAGACGGGUUCUGCAGCUGGGCGGCUAGCCUCGAUCCGUGCAGCGGUCUCGUUUAGGCCAGACACGGCAGGCCUGGAGGCGUGGGUCAUAGGUGGCGAGGCUCCUGCCGAAGGGGUCGUGUAGAACGGAUGACAAGAUUUGCAGGACCAUUGCGUGUAGCGGGCGCGCCAGGGGCUUACCGCGCUCUGCCUC